UUUAAAGCAGACGCCGGGCGGAGAAGCUGUGCUUGGGCCGGGCGGAAGUAGGUGGCGGCGGCGGCGGGUGCGGAAUCGCUGGCGUUUCGAGGGCGCCCCCGAAGAUGUGGGCUGUUACAGGUGUUUGGGCUCUGGAAGCAGAUGUACUUUAAACUUCCCUCCUAUCAAGUGGCUGCUUUUUGACAGCUGGGAACAAGAAAGAUGGAAGAUGAGCUCAAGAUGGAGAGUCAAAACCUUGACCAAGAUCAAGGUCCCUUUGUGGCGGAUGAAUCAAGUCAGCAGCCAUUGUGCCAGGAAACCUCUUCCCCCAAGCUGUCUGUGACUGAACUGAGUAGAGAGUUGGACUCCAAGAGUGAGCUGAUAGAUGACAAGGAGUUUGAUAUUCCUCAGGUUGAUACUCCCCCAACACUGGAAAGUAUUUUAAAUGAGACUGAUGAUGAAGAAGAGCCAUUUGUUCUUGAGGAUCCUUCCCUUCUAAAUAUUGAUAACAUUGACACUCACUCAUAUGAUACUUCAUCUGUAGCAAGCUCUGACAGCGGCGAUAGAACACACCUGAAAAGGAAGAAGAAACUUCGUGAUUCUUUCUCCAUCCAUGGCUCUGUGAUACGGCUGUCCCUUCUGAAAGGAAUCUCUGCUCAGAUAGUAUCUGCAGCGGCCAAAGUGGAUGCUGGCUUACCCACUGCAAUUGCAGCCUCAAGUCUCAUAGCAGUGGGAACAUCCCAUGGACUGGCACUGAUAUUUGGUAAGCAAGGGUACCAGGCUCUUCGGCUUUGUUUGGGCAGUACCGCAGUUGGAGCACAGUAUGGGGCUAUAUCUGCUCUUAGCAUCAACAACGAUUGUUCAAGACUUCUGUGUGGUUUUGCAAAAGGACAGAUUACAAUGUGGGAUCUGGCUAGUGGAAAGCUUUUGAGAUCAAUAACAGAUGCUCAUCCUCCAGGAACAGCAAUUUUGCACAUUAAGUUUACAGAUGAUCCAACGCUAGCGAUUUGCAACGACAGUGGAGGCUCAGUAUUCGAACUCUCUUUCAGGAGAGUCAUGGGUGUGAGAACAUGUGAGUCACGCUGCUUGUUCAGUGGUUCCAAGGGAGAAGUCUGCUGCAUUGAGCCUUUACAUGCAAAGACUGAACUGAGAGACCAUCCCAUCACCCAGUACUCCCUGCUUGCAAUGGCUUCCUUAACAAAGAUUCUUGUCAUUGGCUUGAAACCGUCUUUGAAAGUGUGGAUGACUUUCCCAUAUGGUCGUAUGGACCCCUCCAGUGUUCCAUUGCUAGCAUGGCAUUUUGUUGCUGUGCAGACAUCUGUGAAUCCCGUGCUUGCCUUCUGCCGAGGAGAUGUUGUCCAUUUCCUUCUGGUUAAGAGAGAUGAAUCUGGAGCGAUACAUGUUACAAAGCAGAAGCAGCUACAUCUCCACUAUGACCUCAUUAAUUUUACAUGGAUAAAUUCACGCACAGUGGUGCUUCUGGAUAGUGUGGAGAAACUGCAUGUGAUAGAUCGUCAGACACAGGAGGAACUUGAGACUGUGGAGAUCUCAGAAGUCCAGUUGGUGUACAACAGCAGCCAUUUCAAAUCAUUGGCUACAGGAGGCAAUGUCAGCCAAGCACUGGCGCUGGUGGGGGAGAAAGCUUGUUACCAGUCAAUCAGCAACUGUGGUGGUCAAAUAUUUUAUUUAGGUACAAAGUCUGUCCAUGUGAUGACACUGAGAAGCUGGAGAGAGAGAAUAGAUCACCUUCUGAAACAAGACUGCCUUAAUGAAGCACUGGCUCUUGCUUGGUCCUUUCACGAAGGGAAAGCCAAGGCUGUUGUAGGGUUGUCUGGAGAUGAACAGAAACGAAAGGCUGUUGUUGCAGACAGAAUGGUUGAAAUUCUUAUCCAUUUUGCUGAUCGAACGAUGAAGAAAUGUCCUGAUCAGGGUAAAAUCCAGGUUAUGGAGCAGCACUUUCAGGAUAUGGUGCCUGUCAUUGUUGAUUACUGCCUUCUGCUUCAGCGGAUGGAUCUGUUGUUUAGCCAGAUGUAUGACAAGAUGAGUGAAAAUUCUGUGGCAAAGGGUGUCUUUCUGGAGUGUCUUGAGCCAUACAUUUUAAGUGAUAAAUUGAUGGGAAUUACAGCUCAAAUUAUGAAAGAUUUGCUGCUUCACUUCCAAGAUAAGAAUUUAAUGGCAAACAUGGAGGCUUGCAUUGUACAUAUGGAUAUCACCAGCCUAGACAUACAGCAGGUGGUCCUCAUGUGCUGGGAGAAUCGUUUGUAUGAUGCCAUGAUCUAUGUCUACAACAGUGGCAUGAAUGACUAUAUUACACCAAUGGAGAAAUUGUUCAAGGUCAUUGCUCAUCCUCUUAGUGCUGGAAAGUCUCUCUCAGACGAGCAAGUCAUCAUGGGCAACAAGCUGCUUGUCUAUAUAAGUUGCUGUUUGGCUGGUCGAGCUUAUCCACUGGGCAAUAUCCCUGAAGAUCUGGUACCUUUGGUUAAAAAUCAGGUCUUUGAAUUCCUCAUUCGUUUGCACUCAGCAGAGGCACCCACCGAUGAAGAGGUUUACCCUUAUGUCCGUACACUGCUGCACUUCGAUACACGAGAGUUCCUCAAUGUUCUUGCACUGACAUUUGAAGACUUUAAGAAUGACAAGCAAGCUGUAGAGUACCAACAGAGGAUUGUGGACAUCCUUCUGAAGGUUAUGGUGGAGAAUUCUGAUUUUACCCCCUCACAAGUUGGAUGUCUCUUUACUUUCCUUGCCCGACAGCUUGCUAAGCCCAACAACACACUGUUUGUAAAUAGGACUCUAUUUGAUCAGGUCCUUGAAUUUCUCUGCAGUCCUGAUGAUGAUUCACGGCACUCUGAGAGACAGCAGGUUCUUCUAGAAUUGCUCCAAGCUGGAGGCAUAGUACAGUUUGAAGAGAACAGACUCAUUCACAUGGCAGAAAAAGCUGAAUUCUAUCAAAUCUGUGAGUUUAUGUAUGAACGGGAACAUCGCUAUGAUAAGAUAAUUGAUUGCUACUUACGAGAUCCAUUGAGAAAGGAAGAAGUUUUCACUUAUAUCCACAAUAUACUCUCCAUUCCUGGGUAUAACACAGAAGAAAAACAGUCUGUGUGGCAAAAAGCUAUGAAACACAUUGAGGAGCUGCUGUCAGUGAGUCCCUUUAAAGCAGCCGAUCUGAUUUCAGUUCACUUCAGUGAGCAGAUUGAACAAAUAAUUCAGAACCUUCAGGAUCAAUGUUUGCUUUUCCAGUUUUUGAGGAGCCUACUUGACCCAAGGGAAGGUGUCAAUCAAGAGUUGCUUCAGCUUUCUCCCAUCGUUACUGAGCAGUUUAUUGAGUUGCUGUGUCGGUAUGAUCCUAACCAGGUCUUAGAGACUUUGCAAUUCCUGGAGUCCUACAGGCUGGAAGAGGCAAUCCAGAUCACACAGAAAUACCAGCUCCACGAAGCUUCUUCCUAUCUACUUGAGAAGAAAGGAGAUAUUCAUGGUGCCUUCCUAGUUAUGCUUGAGUGGCUACAAAGCAAGUUGUUGACACUUACAUGUGAAGAUGAAAGUUCAAUAGAAUUUCCUUCAUUAAAGGAUAUUGAAGAUAGCUUAGCAAAAACAAUUGCACUUUGCCAGAGGAAUUCACACAAGUUAAAUCAACCACAGCGAGAGGCACUAUGGUUUCCACUCUUAGAAGCAAUGAUGUCUCCCCAAAAGUUAUCCAGUUCUACUGCGCUGUGUCAUUACUCUGAAUUUUUGAAGAACUUGACGAUGCAAGUGUUGAACAACAUGGCAGCAUUCAUUGCCCUGCCACUGAUCUUGCAGAAAAUUCUACAGGAUCCAGUCUAUGGAAGAGGAAAACUGGGAGAAAUUCAGGGUCUUGUUCUGGGCAUGCUAGACAGCUUUAAUUAUGAACAAACUCUCUUGGAGACUACAACCAACCUACUCAACCAUGACCUCCACUGGUCCUUACGUAAUUUGAAAGCAUCUGUGACUAGAGGGCUGAACCCCAAGCAAGAUUACUGUUGUAUUUGUCUACAGCAGUACAAGAGAAGACAAGAGACUGCUGACCAAAUCAUAGUCUUCAGCUGUGGCCACUUGUACCAUUCUCUCUGCCUCCUGAGUAAAGAGUGUGGUACUGAAACAGACGGUCAGAUGAGAUGGACUUGUUUUAAAUGCAAUGCAAGUAACAAAGGAGGAAAACUAAGCGGUGCUUGCUUAGAAAUGAAGAAGGGAACUCCUGUAUCUCUGGCACAGUUAAAAGGAAGAAAAUGCCCUGCAGUGCUCGUUUCCAUGACAACAGGAAAAUUGCCCGCAAUAUAUCAGCUCAUCAGCCCCAAGAACAAUCUGAUUGAUGGUUACACACAAACCAAUUCUGAGGCCAUCUUGGAUCCACAGCAAGCUCAAGCUUUUGACCAGCUUUGUCGUCUGUACCGAGGAACAUCAAGGUUGGCUCUUCUGACUGAACUCUCACGGGACCGUGGUGGAGAAAAACAUGGGCUCCUCCAUAUCUCCCAGGGUGAUUCUGCCCUGAAUAGUGUCUUCCAGAAUGAGACCUUCCAACUUCACCUCACUCCUCCUCCUCCUCUAGUGGAAGACUAAUCUCUAUUUGAUGGGGCUCCAGGGCAUGAGAACAGCACUGUGAAAAGUACUUGACGGUACUCCUGAUGGUGGAACAAGCUCCCGAGAACUUCGCUUUGUAUUUAGUAGAUAAGAGGUUGCAACAAUGCGGAAACUUUGUAAGGACCAGCUAUUAUUUUCCCUCUGUGACUUGCUUAACAAAGCAGAAGGGACAUAAAAAAUAUCUCUCAGUCUUGUUUCCAUUGGGCUUUGCUGAAAGCUAUAAACUACUCUGUCAAACCUAUGCUGUUCGUCACUGGAGCUGAACACAACAGUACUUGGGGCAGCUGCACUAAGCCCCAGGGAUAAAGUGUCUGCAGCCAGAGCUUAUUUAAAUAAUUGGAGUCUGUUCCCUUAGAGAAGAAAACCAAGGGAAUACAACAAAUGUCAGUCAUCCAAAGUUGACAUUUCUCUCAUUUUAAUUUAGAACAAGCUGUGAAACUCUACAGUCAGUAUUCUAAUAGGUAGCUGAAUGCAGAGAACCCAACUGAACCCAAGCGAGACAGAACUGCCAAGGAUGCCCCAAUUGCAUGAUUUUUUUCUGAAAUUGCUUUAGCUCUUCCUCUGAUUUUAGCCAUUGCAGUAAAUCUCUGUUGGCCCUUGUGCUAGUGGCUCAAGAAGGUUUGCUGUGACAGAUGCUAUUCCAGGAAAGUGCCACUCAUUAGCAUCCUGAACCAGAAAUUUUGCUAACCAAGCACAUUAUAAUGUAGUACUCAGCCAACUUGAGAGUGGCAAAUAUUUGGUGCCAGCUUGUGUGUGUUGUAAGGCCUGCACUAGCUGUGUGCCAGCAUUUCCACAGAGCUCUCACUGUUUCUAGUGUACCAAAAGAAAACAGCACAUUCAUCAUUAUGAUGGCGGCUGCUGCUGCCGAGUUACUGAGCUGCAUGGAAAGGACAUCCUCUUUCAUUGUAUCCCACCCCACCCCUAGCUCAUUUAUCUAUUAUGAACUCUAUACUGAAUUAAAGGGAAGGCUUCAGAUGGUGGUUUAUGAUUCCCACCCCACCCCUCUCCCGCUCUUGCUCUCUUCUGUGUAGAUAGGGCAUCAUUAGCAGCCUGCAACAGGAAUGGGUUUUAACAUGAAUUUAAGGUAAUUUUUCCUGGUCCUACAGGGUAAAGCAUAAGCUUCUGACUAGUGUCUUGUUUAAUGUCCUUACAUCUCCAAAAGCUGGUAGUUGGCAGUUUUCCCUUGUUUGUUUAAGGGGUUUCCUGUCUUUGUGAUAACCUGUCUAAAGGGAGAACAAGUGCAGAUUAAAAAGCACAUCAAGCAGUUUUUUCACGUGACUUGCUACUGACUGCCGUAUCCAGAGGUUAUUGCAGUGUGUAUUGUGUUCCCUCAUCUUUUCUCAGGAUGCAAAUGGUUCUCCACUAUGCAUUAAUGAAAUUGAUGCACAUAUGGCUGCAGAUUACUCAUAUGCUAGAGGUAUGUACAUCUGGAGUGCACAAAUUGAGAAAAGGUUAUAUGCAUACAAUUUUAUUUAUUUAAAACAUUCAUUGAUGUGGGAUUAUUAUGAAAUGAGGCCUUGGGUACCCAUUUUCUGAUCUAAUCCUCUUCAGUUAAAGCUUACCUAUUUAAAUGUUCAGCAUCAUCCUUGAUUGCACCCUUGAUGGAAAGGCGGUUGUAAUCAUGCUGUGAAUAUAUCAUUCUUCUUGUGCAAGUAUUCAGGUAUAAAUAUGUAUGAACA